AUGUCCUUCAAUCAGGACAUAUCUCGUCGUACGAAUGGUUUAGCCGUUCCACAUGAUGAGGGUUUUGGUGAGGUUGUUCGUGCUUUGAAUGUUGUUGCUCAAGCGAUGCAACAACAAGUGAAUCUUAAUCAGAAUGCACCUCCUCCCCCUCCACCACCUAAUCAACGAGCUUUGUUAGUUAGAAGGUUUAGUGAACAAAAGCCCGAUUCCUUUAAAGGUAGUCCUGAUCCACUAGUCGCUGAAGAUUGGAUAGAUAAGAUUGAGAAAAUAUUCACCCUAUUAGGCGUGAAUGACGAGGAUAAGCUGGAUCUUGCUGUUUUUAAGCUUGAGGGUGAGGCCACUCGCUGGUGGGACUUGACUCGUCGUUCUAGGAAUGACGGUCUGUUUACCUGGGUAGAAUUUCGACUCGCCUUCCUAAAUAAGUACUUUCCACAAACUGCACGAAACCAACGCAUGAUCGAGUUUAUGCAGUUGACUCAGAGAAAUAUGACCGUAGCACAGUACCAAGCCAAGUUUGAAGAACUUUCUCGUUUUUCUAUUCAUCUGGUGGAGAAUGAAGAGCUGAAGGCUUUUAAGUUUCAGGAGGGACUUAGACCUUCAAUUAAGGGUAGGUUGUCUAUUUUGAAGAUUACCUCUUAUAAUGAGAUAGUGGAAAGAGCGAUGAUUGCUGAGAGAGACAUUGAGGAGGCAAAUCGAAUUAGAGAACGUCACAAUGGGGAUAAGAACAAGAAUAAAAAUAACAACCACCCAUACCAGAAGAAAGGAAAUGGACCGAAUAUGGAGCUUCCUGCACCUUCGUGUUAUCAUUGCAAGCAACCUGGACAUUUUAAGAGGAACUGUCCUGCACUUAUUUCUCAUAGGAACCAAAAACCCUUUAUACCUCAGAACCAACGUCAAGGUUAUCAGCAGAACCGUUCUCAGAACAAUCCACCACUAUACCAAGCUCGACAGCCCCCUCAGCAACCUAAGGUGUUCAACAUUGCUCAUGUUGGUCCGGAUCCGGAUAACCCAGUUGUUGAAGGUACAUUCUUAGUUUACAAUUCUUGGGCUAAGAUAUUGUUUGAUACUGGUGCUACUCAUUCGUUUAUUGCUUCUUCGUUUGUUUUGUCUUUGGGUUUGAAAACUGAAUUACUUGAUGGGUACUUAGGCGUAGCUAGUGCGAUAGGCAGUAGUGCACGUAUUGACCGCGUGGCACGAAUGUGUGUAGUACGUAUAGCUAAGCAUGAGUUUUUGAUUGACCUUUUUGUGAUGAAUAUGUCUGGUUAUGAUGUAAUCCUGGGUAUGGAUUGGUUAUCUGCUCAUCAUGUUGUUUUUGAUUGUUUUCAAAAACGUGUGACUCUUCACUCGGACGAAGGUGAUGAUAGGAGAUGA